AUGUCUUCUCAUGACGUUUCUCUCCAUUGGCUGGAUUAUACCAUUUUCGGAUUGAGCAUUGGGUUGUCACUGAGCACUGGAGUGUACCAUGCGGUCAAGUGAGUCAUGUUUCCGAAGCUUCGCUCAUCUUUUGCAUCUUUCAGAAGUCGCAUAAUCCUCCGUCGUGGAGACAGAACGGCCAAAGAGGAAUACCUGAUGGGCGGCCGUCAACUUCCCCCUCUUCCAGUCGCUCUCUCCCUCCUCACCACUUUCCUUUCCGGUAUUCUGAUGCUCGGAGUUCCGGCUGAAAUGUUCCAGCGGGGUGCUCAAAUCUGGCUCAACUUUGUGAUCGGAGUCGCCUCUUCCGUCGUCACGUGCUUCGUUUUCCUGCCCGUUUUCCACAAGAUGAAAAGCACCUGCCUGCACGAGUACUUCAUCCAUCGGUAUGAUCUCAUUUAAUCGUCGGCGACAAUGUGACCCUCAGGUACAACUCGCUUCUGAUCCGUCGGCUCUUCUCUCUUCUCUUCCUCCUGUUCACCAUCGUCUACAUGGCCGUCGUUCUCUAUGCUCCGUCUGUUGCUCUUUCUCCCGUUCUUCAAAUCAACAAAUGGUGGCUGGUUUUAGUGAGUAUUUUCUUUCCCUUUCAACAUCACACAUCACAUUCCAAGUUCAGAUCUUCGGAUGCACAACCACUCUGUACACGUGUCUCGGAGGUCUGAAGGCUGUCGUUUGGACAGAUUCGCUGCAAGCAGUCAUUAUGUACACGGGGGUGUUCACUCUCAUCGCCAAAGGACUCACUCAUCCUAGAGUUGGAGGUCUAGAAAGAGUCUUGAACAUUGCUUGGGAAAGUGGGAGAAUCGGUGAACUUGCGAGAAUGGAUUGGAGGAUAGACCAGUACAACAGUCUGUGGAUCAACCUCUUCUCCGGCACAAUCGUCUGGCUCGCUUCUUUCGGAGUCAAUCAGCUGGCGAUCCAGAGAUAUGCAAGCCUUCCUUCCCUCAAACAGGCCCAGGGAAUCAUUCUUUACACUCUGGUCCCAUUCACAGUCCUCUGUUCCAUUGUCGCGUUUGUCGGAUUCAUUGCUCUCGCCUACUUCUUCAAUUGUAAUCCACUAGAAACUGGGGAAAUCAAAGAAAGCGAUCACAUAACUAUCAUAUUUGCAAGGGACAUUCUUCGUGAGUCUCUGCAAAAUCUGGCAACACUCUGAAACGAUCAUUACAGAGCCGACUCCCGGUCUGUUCGGACUCUACGUCUCUUGCAUCAUGUCCGCCACUCUCUCCACUUUGUCGAGCGGCAUGAACAGUAUGGCGGCGGCGAUUUAUGAGGACUUUCUGAAGAACAGUCUGGAUGGGAAGAUCACAGACACUGGCGCCACGAGACUUAACAAGGUGCCUUCACAAGUUGUCAUUUAUUCUUCAUAGAUGAUUUCUUUCAGCUCAUCGUUCUGCUCUGCGGAAUAACUUCCACUGGUCUCGCUUUCUUGGCCGAACUCCUCGGAGGGAGUCUCCGUAUCUGUAUCUCCGUGAUGGGAGCCAUGUCCGGUCCGAUGGUCGCCAUUUUCGUUCUUGCCCUUUUCUUCCCCAAGAGUGGUUCCAAAUCCUGCCUGAUCUCGUUCUUCCUCUCCAAUCUCAUCUGUCUCAUUCUGUGCAUUGCCAACUAUAUCCAAGAUCCCUACCACGACCUGUUCCUGCCCACCAACACCUCGAUCGAGGGAUGCAGUGGAAACUCGAACUUCACAAUCCGAAUGAUUCCCCCUUACGAUGCCCACUACGGUAACCCGGACACUUUCUACAUCUCCAGAAUAUCCACGUAUUCGUACGCUGGUGUUGGCUUCGUUUUAAUGAUUGCAAUUGGAUGGAUAACGUCACUUUUCGAAGAACCCGAUCAUAAUGUGGAAAAGAUCCGGCAUCUUACAUUUGCAGGCAGAAAGUGAGUGCUUCCUCUCCCGUUCGCUCAUUUCCGCUCUGAUUUCAGUGAGCCGUGGCCAGACACCCAUCAUGAAUUCGAUCAUUUCUUGGAGGAAGGAAAAUAA